CGCAUCCAGCAUUUCAACUUCCCGAAGAAAGUAGUGGCCGGAGAAACGGUGACAGUCCCAUGUAUGUCCGUUACUGGGCUGUCGAACGUACGGUUUCGAUGGCUCAAAGACGGAGAAGAAAUUCUGCAGACUCCAAAAUCGAAGAUUCGCACUUUCCCGGAGCUUUCAAACCUCAUACUCGGCCCACUCGAAGAAAGCGACAGUGGGAAUUACACCUGCAUGGCGUCACAAGGGGCUCAAAGCGAUUCCUACACUGAUACGUUGCGAGUAUUGGUUCCAGUAAAAUGGGUUCGGGAACCCACCGACGUCUCACUCAAGGAAUAUGACAACGUUACAUUGUCGUGCGAAGCGACUGGCGUGCCCAGGCCGACGGUCACGUGGGAGAAAGAAGGGUCAACAGACAUGCGAAGUGGUCCAACCCUACGCAUUGAAAAAGUGACGAAGGGUGACUCUGGGCGGUACAACUGCAAAGCGGACAAUGGUCUCUCUCAACCGAUCUCGAAAACUGUCAACGUACUUGUGUACGGUAUGUAAACGUGAGAACAUGGUGCCCAUUCACGCUGCAGUUAA